UCAUUGGGAUUUAAACCCACCAUUCUCACUCUGCAUCACUCUCUUCCUUCCUUCUUCGUCUUAUUCUCCAACCCACACUAAAACCAUCCUAUUUUUGUUCUUUUCUCUGUUUUGCUUUUUCCAAACGGCGUCGCUUCAGAGCUUCAGCGAUGUCGUACGACUACCUAUUCAAGUACAUCAUCAUCGGCGACACAGGAGUAGGGAAAUCGUGUCUGCUCCUCCAAUUCACUGAUAAGAGGUUCCAACCUGUUCAUGAUCUCACCAUUGGUGUUGAGUUUGGCGCUCGCAUGGUCACAAUCGAUUCUCGACCCAUCAAGCUUCAGAUAUGGGAUACUGCUGGGCAAGAGUCUUUUAGAUCCAUCACAAGAUCUUACUAUAGAGGAGCAGCCGGAGCACUUCUAGUUUAUGACAUUACAAGACUCUUUGUGUUGAUCAGGAGAGACACAUUUAAUCAUUUAGCAAGUUGGCUGGAAGAUGCCCGGCAGCAUGCCAAUCCUAACAUGAGCAUCAUGCUCGUAGGGAACAAAUGUGACCUGUCUCAUCGAAGAGCAGUGAGCAAAGAGGAGGGGGAGCAGUUUGCAAAGGAAAAUGGACUUCUGUUUUUGGAGGCUUCUGCUAGGACUGCUCAAAAUGUGGAAGAGGCUUUUAUAAGGACUGCUGCAAAGAUUCUUCAGAAUAUUCAGGAAGGUGUCUUUGAUGUGUCGAACGAGUCAUCUGGUAUAAAAGUUGGCUAUGGACGUCCCCAAGGUCAAUCAGGAGGCAGAGAUGGAACUGUUUCUGCAAGAGGUGGGUGUUGUAGCUGAUUGAAGGGAAACCAAAUCUCAAUCUAAUCCUUUUUUGCAUCUAUUUCUGCCUCUCUGUCUCAACUGAGUGUAUACUCUUAGACUUGACAUGGAACUUUUGGAGUAGACUGCAACUUCAAACGCAAUUCUCAAGACUCCUUUCUUGCUUCUGUUAGAAAAAAAGUUUUAUAAAAAAAAGUAAUAUAAUCUUUCAUUUCAAGUUUCUUAUCAAUCAGGCGACACCCGGAUUUGAACUGGGGAAAAAGGAUUUGCAGUCCCCCGCCUUACCACUCGGCCAUGCCGCCAAUAAAAAUCUAGAUAUGAAGUUUUUGAGAAUACUCCCCCCUUUUCUAUUGAAAAAUUGAAAAAAAAUCUUGAUACAAAUCGCAAGGCCUUCUUUGCCCUCCACCUAAGCUGCGCAGGAAAAGCCCAAAGCCAAUCCCAGGAAACAGUGAAGCUUCAUAGGGUCUUUCUGUCCAGGUGCAGGUAGUCCGCAUCUUCACAGACAUGUCUAUUUCACCGAGUC